AUGCAAAUUGCAUUCAUUUUAUUACUGUCUUUUAAAGUAGCAUUAUCUGAAUCUAAAUCUAUCAAGCAUACACACAAAGGACUUAUAACCAAUAGAGAAAUGUAUAAAGUCGAAGAUUAUCCAUACGUAAUGUCUGUAAAAGUAUUAAUACCUAAUAAAAAGAUGGAGACUUGUACAGGCUCAUUAUUAUCAGAAUUGCUUGUAUUGACUGCUGCUCACUGUAUUUACGGUAAAGACAAAAGGGAUUUAAAAGUAUAUCAAGGCUCGUGGAUAAAAAAUCGUGAUUCACGAAACGUAGUUAAGCUAUUCGUACAUGAAAGCUAUAACCCUGUAUCUGAAGUUAUAAUUGGAGAUAUAAGUGUAUUGAAA